AACCUCAACCUGUGUUGUAGUAGGCAAAGGAAAUGCUUUGUUCGUUUUUUUUAUUCAGUAGUAUUCUACAUCUACAGUGUGAUUGGACAAUAGCCUAUAAGUUAUCUAGAUAGGUAGUAUGCUGCGCUACAUUUCCAGAACCCAUAUUUUGGUCAGUUUUGCCUUUCUUCUCAUUCUUUUGGGAGUCAUCUAUGUCUACUCAGGAUAUACCAUCCCAUCCUACAGCCUUUGCCAGCAAUGUGAUGAUAUCCCUGAGCCAGGGGUGAAGGACAUACUGACAGAUGUAUGGAUGAAUGAAUGCCCCAGCAGUGGUGGCUGGAGGAUUGGAGACCUAAAAAUGCAAGCUGGACUGAAAUAUGCUCAGCCAAGCACACAAAAAGGACGCACUGAUGUGAAUGCAGUGACAAACUGGAAUGUCCCUCUGGUUUGGGAGGGAACCUUUGAUCCAGUGGUUAUCGAUGCCAUUUAUAAGAAAAUGGACCCAAGAGUUGCUGUGGUGGUGUUUGCUGUGGGCAAAUAUACCCGUUUCCUGGAGGGUUUCCUGGUGUCGGGUGAAAAGUACUUUCUUGUUGACUUCAGGGUCACUUACUACAUCUUCACAGACCAUGAAAAAGAAGUUCCCAAAAUCAAACUGGGUAAGGGCCGAAACAUCACAGUACUCCCUAUCCCUAGUGCCACCCGCUGGCAGGAUGUAGUAUUUGGCAGGAUGAAGUGGGCCACCAUCGCCAUUGACAAACAGAUCCGUAAUGAAGCAGAUUAUCUUUUUAUGAUGGACAUCGACAGUGUCUUCCAUGACCGCUUCGGAGCUGAGUCUCUCAGCCAUCUGUCUGUUGUGCUUCAUCGUGGCUACUACAAGAAUACAAAAAGAGAUCAAUUUCCAUAUGAGCGUCGGCCCCAGUCCAAGGCAUACAUUCCUCUUGGUGAAGGAGACUACUAUUACACUGCUGCUGUCUGGGGUGGAAACCUGGAGGAAAUGUACAAGCUAGUCAAGUACUGUUACAUGCAGUCAGAGGAGGAUGCCAAGAAUAAGAUUGAAGCUGUGUGGCAGGAAGAGAGUCACCUCAACAAGUACCUGUUGUACAACAAACCAACCAAAGUGCUGUCUCCAGAAUACCUGUGGUCAGACUACGAUCAGGUACCAGCAGACAUCAAAGUGGUCAGAAUCUCCCAGCUGAUUAAGAACUAUGCAGAGGUGCGGCCCAAUGGCGGACACUGAUGUUGAGUCAAUUCAAUGGUCAAGACAUGGAAACUUCUUAAGGGAAAAAAUAAAAUGUAAAAAGCAAUAACUGGGAUAGCUGGUAUGGGUUGCUUGCCAUGGUAAAGAAUGCACAUAUUAAUACACUCCAUUAUGGCACUGCAAUGUACUUAAGGAAAUGUUAUUUAUACCAGAAGUCAGGACGCCUCUAAACAUCCCUUAGAGCUUCCUUUGUAUCAUCUACCAUCUGUGUUUUUGUCUUUUGUGAGACACUGAGUACAGAAUCUGGACUUAAAGGUUAAUUCCUUGACUUCAUUUUCUCUCUUUUCUGAGAUGUAAAAGUACAUACUUAUAUUGCCCCCUAGGGUUGUUUUGAUAUUGGAUUCAUUUUCUUUUUAUUCUUUUUAAACCAUUGCAUUGUGUGCAUUGUAUAAUAUGUUGCUGACUAGAAAUGUAUCAAUGCUGACAUUAAUGACAAAUUGUCAGAUUUUCUGUGGGUUUUUUAAAUUAACAAUAAAGUGACGAUCAGGGAAUAAAAUACUGUAUGUAUAUAUGGAA